AUGAGGGGAAUAUUGGUGAAAUUUUUUAUCAGACUGGCUUUGGAGGAUAUUUCAAACAAGAGCUUGCCUGUGAAGAAUCAUGUGAAGGAAAGUUGUCAGAAUACUGGUGUGGCAAUUAGAAAUCUCUUUGGAAGUCGUCAGGCUGCUAGUGUGGCAAGUAGAAGUACCAUUGGUAUAUCUUAUUCUACAGGAAGAGUGGGAUUUCAAGGCAAGAAAAGUGUUGUUGCUGGUUCUCUACAUGAGCAAUUUGCGAGCUGGGGUAGUGGACAACCAGUUCAAAAGGAAAAAGGGUUGUAUAUCUUUGGGCAGCAGCCACCCAAUAUAGGGGAGAUGGCUACUAGUAGGGAUGACAACUCUGGUUCUGACAGUGAUGAUGAAGUGCUAAUCCUUUCUGAUAGUGAGGGUUUGGAUCCCACAGAGAAAAUGGACUUUUCGGAAGGACACAUUAGUUCACAUGGUGGACACUUGGCAAGAGCAACGAGCUCCAAAUUUAAGUCUAAUGUGCUUGAUUUGAUUCGCACUCAUCGAUUGGAUAUGCUUUUUCUUUGUGAGCCUCGUAUAAGUGGAGCAAAGGCUACUUCUGUAGUUAAGUCUCUCGGCUUUCCUUGCUUUGAAAUUGUUGACGUUGUGGGGUUCUCUGGUGGUUUGUGGCUAUUAUGGGAUUAUUCCAGAGUUCAUGUAGAAGUUGUUGGCACCUCUGAUCAAACGAUUUCUGCUUGUGUGGCUCGCAAUGGUCAAGACCCUUGGCUUUUUACUGGUGUUUAUGCUAGUCCUAAUGUUGUCAAGCGAGUGAAAAUGUGGGACUAUCUCUCUUUUGUUGCUGCAAGUCAUAAUAUGCCUUGGUUGAUUGCCGGGGAUUUUAAUGGGUUACUUACUGCUGAUGAGAAGUUUGGUGGAGCUUUAGAGUGCAAAUCUAAAGGUUUUAGAAACUGGGUUGAUGGUAAUGAGAUGAUUGAUUUGGGUUAUUCUGGACCUAAAUUUACAUGGAACAAUAAGAGAGUCUAUGCAAGCAUUUGCCUAGGACUACUUCUGAUCACAAUCCAAUCAAGAUUAAGAAGCGGAAUGCCUGUUUGUUGGCUCGUCUUAAUGUUGUUCUCUCAAGAGAUUGUGAAGCAUAGUUACCUAACUUUACCUAAGUUGUUCCCUGUUAUUGAUGCGGCUAAUCUGGAGUUGCUUGAGAAGGAAGUUGAUAUGGCUGAGAUUAAGCAAAGUUUGUUUGGGAUUGGAGGUUUGAAAGCUCUUGGUGUAUAUGGGUUUCCAGCUUGUUUCUAUCAAGCUCAAUGGAAUAAAUGUGCUGAUGAUAUUUUUGCAAUGGUGACUCAAGCUUUUCAGAAGUGCAGCAUCCCUGACAAGCUGAAUUACACUUUAAUAACUCUGGUGCCUAAAUUGCAAAGCCCCCAGUCUAUGGUCCAGUUUAGGCCUAUAAGCUUAUGCUCUACUCUGUACAAGGUCAUUUCUAAAAUCCUUGUGGCUCGGUUAAGGCCUAUUCUUCCUAAUCUUAUAAGUCCCAACCAAGAGUUAAUGCAUAAAUUUAAGUUGUCUAAAGGGAAAAAAGGGUUUGUCGCUUGGAAAAUAGACCUCUCUAAGGCCUAUGACAGGUUGAGUUGGCAUUUUGUUGAGUAUGUGCUUCUUGAAUUGAGGCUACCUGCUCCAUUGGUUAAGUUGAUAAUGAACUGUGUUCAGUCUGUGAGAUAUCAGAUUAAUGUGAAUGGGGAAUUGACUGCUCCUUUUAGUCCUAUGAAUGGUAUUAGACAGGGAGAUCCCUUAUCUCCCUACCUCUUUGUUCUCUGUAUUAAAAAACUCUCUCAUGUUAUCUAUGAUGCUGUUAGUAAGAAUAAGUGGCGGCCUGUGAAAUCUUCUCAGUCUGGCCCUGCAAUCUCCCACCUUUUUUUUGCUGAUGAUCUUGUGUUGUUUGCGGAGGCUAGUGCUAGCCAAGCUAAAAUUAUGAAGAGUUGUCUGGAUUUGUUUUGCUCUGCUUCUGGACAAGUAGUCAAUUUUGAUAAGUCUGCUAUCUUCUACUCUCCUAACACUUGUAAAGAGGUUGCUAAGGAGACAAGUUUGAUUUGUGGCUCUCCUCUCACUAAUGACCUUGGUAAAGGAGGUUUGGGGUUUAAAAAGACUGCUAGUAUGAAUCAGGCUCUUCUUGCUAAGAUUGGGUGGAGAUUGCAUUCUAAGGACAAUGGUUUAUGGGCAAAAAUUUAUGAGGCUAAGUAUCUUAAAGGGGCUUCUAUUUUUGAUAAUUCUCUUGGAGCAAGGCAGGUUUGCACCACUACUUGGAGGAGUAUUAUGCAUGGUAUUCAGUUGCUUAUGCAAGGGAUGCGUUGGAGAAUAGGUCGGGGAGAUAGUGUAAAAUUCUAG